AUGUGUUUAGAUCAGGGGUCUUCGACCGUUUCUUGGUCAGGGAGCCCCUCCCAGACCAACCGACUACCCAGGGACCCCCUCCCAGCUACCCAGGGAACCCCUCCCAGACUCCCAGCUACCCAGGGACCCCCUCCCAGACCAACCGACUACCCAGGGACCCCCUCCCAGCUACCCAGGGAACCCCUCCCAGACUCCCAGCUAUCUAGGGACGCCCUCCCAGACCAACCAACUACCCAGGGACCCCCUCCCAGACCAACCGACUACCCAGGGACCCCCUCCCAGACUCCCAGCUACCCAGGGACCCCCUCCCAGACCAACCGACUACCCAGGGACCCCCUCCCAGACCAACCGGCUACCCAGGGACCCCCUCUCAGACCAACCGGCUACCCAGGGACCCCCUCCCAGACCAACCAGCUACCCAGGGACCCCCUCCCAGACCAACCAGCCACCCAGGGACCCCCUCCCAGACCAACCUGCUACCCAGGGACCGCCUCCCAGGCAAACAGACUAUCUAGGGACCCCCUCCCAGACCAACUGACUACCCAGGGACCCUCUCCCAGGCCAACCAGCUACCCAGGGAGCCCCUCCCAGACCAACCAGCUACCCAGGGACCCCCUCCCAGGCCAACCGGCUACCCAGGGACCCCCUCCCAGGCCAACCAGCUACCCAGGGACCCCCUCCCAGGCCAACCAGCUACCCAGGGACCCCCUCCCAGACCAACCAGCUACCCAGAGA